AUGGCCCCCUCCUGGCUUGAAAAGUUCAUUAUUCGCGAGGACGCAGCUCCCGAUCCCCGACGCAGCGCGGAAAAGCCCGCGCUGGAGAUGCACUACACCGCUCUUGUCGGACACCGCCGAAUCCUGGGUGUCAAGGGUGACAAAACACCUCGCUACGAAGUCGAACGGCGAGCUAUUAUGGAAAUUUGGGGUGAUAAAUGCUACGUCAAGUCUCCGAGUCAGAACGCGGAGAUCGCUAUGAUCGACUUCCACAGUAUCCCUCCCAAGACGGAGGUUAAAUUCUCACAGCAGAGUCGCACCAUUACCAUGAAGGGGGCUGAUGGAAAGUACACUGCUAGUGGUGGCCUGGGAGAACUACAUUGGAAACCAACGGGAAUGGUUGUACACGGCAAAGCUUCUUGGGAGCUUAGGGACGAGAGGGAUCUUGUGAUGUCAGUUACCAUUGAUGAUCAUCAGGUCAAUGGAACGAUUUGUCUCUGGAAGAGUGGCCUCGCUCCAGAAGUGGAAGAGGAGCUGAUCAUGGUUGGAAUCUCCAAGAUUGAGGAGUAUCGGAGGCUGAUCCGGAACUCAAAGGUAGCUACUGCGGGUGCUGUCGCGAAUGCGCCUUGGCUGGCAGUCUAA